GGACGCGCAUGGCACCCUGGGCAGUGGUCGAUCCUCAGACAAAGGGCCGUCCUGGUCUAGCCGCUCCCUGGGUGCCCGCUGCCGGAACUCCAUCGCCUCCUGUCCCGAGGAGCAGCCCCACGUGGGUAACUACCGCCUGCUGCGAACCAUCGGAAAGGGCAACUUUGCCAAGGUGAAGCUGGCUCGGCACAUCCUCACAGGCCGUGAGGUCGCCAUCAAGAUCAUUGACAAAACCCAGCUGAACCCCAGCAGCCUGCAGAAGUUGUUCCGAGAAGUCCGCAUCAUGAAGGGCCUAAACCACCCCAACAUCGUGAAGCUCUUCGAGGUGAUGGAGACCGAGAAGACGCUGUACCUGGUUAUGGAAUACGCAAGUGCCGGAGAAGUGUUUGACUACCUCGUGUCGCACGGCCGCAUGAAGGAGAAGGAAGCGCGAGCCAAGUUCCGACAGAUUGUCUCGGCUGUGCACUAUUGUCACCAGAAAAACAUUGUACACAGGGACCUGAAGGCCGAGAACCUCCUGCUGGACGCCGAGGCCAACAUCAAGAUCGCUGACUUCGGCUUCAGCAACGAGUUCACGCUGGGCUCCAAGCUGGACACGUUCUGCGGGAGCCCGCCGUACGCCGCCCCUGAGCUGUUCCAGGGCAAGAAGUAUGACGGGCCGGAGGUGGACGUCUGGAGCCUCGGCGUCAUCCUAUACACCCUCGUCAGCGGCUCCCUGCCCUUCGACGGGCACAACCUCAAGGAGCUGCGGGAGCGAGUCCUCAGAGGGAAGUACCGGGUCCCUUUCUACAUGUCCACCGACUGUGAGAGCAUCCUGCGGAGAUUUUUGGUGCUGAACCCAGCGAAACGCUGUACUCUCGAGCAAAUCAUGAAAGACAAAUGGAUCAACAUCGGAUAUGAGGGUGAAGAGCUGAAGCCAUACACAGAGCCUGAGGAAGACUUCGGGGACACCAAGAGGAUCGAGGUGAUGGUGGGCAUGGGCUACGCGCGGGAAGAAAUCAAAGAGGCCUUGACCAACCAGAAGUACAACGAAGUGACCGCCACCUACCUCCUGCUGGGCAGGAAAAGUGAGGAGGGUGGGGACCGGGGCGUCCCAGGACUGGCCCUGGCUCGGGUGCGGGCGCCCAGCGACACCACCAAUGGAACAAGCUCCAGCAAAGGCGUCAGCCACAGCAAAGGGCAGCGGAGUUCAUCCUCCACCUACCACCGCCAGCGUCGGCACAGCGACUUCUGUGGCCCAUCCCCCACACCCCUGCACCCGAAGCGCAGCCCGACCAGCACAGGGGAGGCGGAGCUGAAGGAGGAGCGCCUGCCCGGCCGGAAGGCGAGCUGCAGUGCCACGGGGAGUGGGAGUCGAGGGUUGCCUCCCUCCAGCCCCAUGGUCAGCAGCGCCCACAACCCCAACAAGGCUGAGAUCCCUGAGCGGCGGAAGGACAGCACGAGCACCCCUAACAGCCUCCCCCCCAGCAUGAUGACCCGCAGAAACACCUACGUUUGCACCGAACGCCCGGGAGCUGAGCGCCCGUCCUUGUUGCCAAAUGGCAAAGAAAACAGCUCAGGCACCCCACGGGUGCCCCCCGCCUCCCCCUCCAGUCACAGCCUGGCUCCCCCAUCGGGGGAGCGGAGCCGCCUGGCCCGUGGCUCCACCAUCCGGAGCACCUUCCAUGGUGGCCAGGUCCGCGACCGGCGGGCAGGGGGCGGGGGAGGGGGGGGCGUGCAGAACGGGCCCCCCGCCUCACCCACACUGGCCCACGAGGCCGCACCCCUGCCCACUGGGCGGCCCCGCCCCGCCACCAACCUCUUCACCAAGCUGACCUCCAAACUGACCCGAAGGGUCGCAGACGAACCUGAGAGAAUCGGGGGACCUGAGGUCACAAGUUGCCAUCUACCUUGGGAUCAAGCGGAAACCGCCCCCCGGCUGCUCCGAUUCCCCUGGAGUGUGAAGCUGACCAGCUCACGUCCUCCCGAGGCCCUGAUGGCGGCCCUGCGCCAGGCCACGGCGGCUGCCCGCUGCCGCUGCCGCCAGCCACAGCCGUUCCUGCUGGCCUGCCUGCACGGGGGUGCGGGCGGGCCCGAGCCCCUGUCCCACUUCGAAGUGGAGGUCUGCCAGCUGCCCCGGCCGGGCCUACGGGGAGUUCUCUUCCGUCGUGUGGCGGGCACCGCCCUGGCCUUCCGCACCCUUGUCACCCGCAUCUCCAACGACCUCGAGCUCUGAGAUGCCACGGCUCCGGGCCUCUCCCUCUUCCUCUCUCCAACCACCCCGUCGCUCCUGCAGGAGAGGGAGGGGGCUGUCCCUUUGUCUUCGCCUCCGUUUCCCAGAAUGCAGUUGGAGGGCCAAGAACGUUCCCAGCGCUGCUGCGCUCUGCGGCCACUCGGCAGGUCGAGAAGGAAGAGCAGGGGGCGCUGGCACCUUCCUGGGGCCUCCAGCCAGCCUUGCCCCACCUCGCUCUGCCAUGGGGUACCUGAGGAGACUUUGGGGGCAGGUCAUGGGCAGCAGGGGAAACCAAGGAGACGCUUCCAUUCCUCACAAGAGCUCGAGAAUUAGUCCUUGGGCAGGGGCAGGGAGAAUCGCUGAGCCUAGAGACUGGAGAAUUUGGGGGGCCGGGAGUGGGGUCCAGAGAGGCAGACUUUUCCCACCCCCACCCCAGCCCUCACGCUCGACCCCCACCUCCUGCCCCAGGCUGGCGCGGGGCACUUUGUACAAAGCCUUGUAAAUAUCCCAGCCCCUGCCCUCUGCAGAGGUCUUCGGGGGAAGCUGCCGCGGUCGCCUCUGGGUUUUUAAGUUAUUACGUCCCCCACCCUCUUCUUGUCAGCCCCCACCUGCAGCCUGUUGCCCAAUAAACUUAGGAGCGUGCCCCCCACGCCGAACCUGGGGUGUUCCUUCCCUCCCCUCACCUGCAAGGGAGACAAAGAGGCGGUGACUCUGGGCCCAUAAUUCCACCUCUCGGCCUCAAGUUUCUCAUCUGCAGAAUGGGAACAGUGGGGGUGUGAGAGUCAAGGAAGAGCAUGGGACAGAACUCUGGCCUUGACACAAGGCCCCAGCUCCUGUGUUGGGCCCCUGGAUCGUCGCUCACACGCCCACCUGCCCGCCUGCCAUGGUACACUGGAGACUCAGCCACUUCUUAACGCCAGUAGUACAUUUAUUCAAUAAAUAGUCCUUGACCAGUGUCUGCUC